AUGUCCGUAAACAAUAAUACUUUGAACAACCUAAUCGACUCAGAGUCGCGGGCGCUGGCGCCUGCUGCUGUUGGUUCUCAGGUUGCUCUGAUGAGUAUUAUUUCGGUCGUUACAAUCAUAUCAUUCAACCUUCUAAGACCCAAGAACAAAAUAAUCUAUGAGCCCAAAGUGAAGUAUCACGUUGGCGACAAACCACCACCACGCAUAUCAGAUUCUCUUCUUGGUUGGCUACCUCCUUUAUUCCGGACGAAGGAACCCGAACUCGUAGACAAACUCGGCCUUGAUGCCGUUACAUUUCUACGUUUCGGUCGCUUGAUGCGGUGGCUCUUCACUGGCGUCACUCUCCUCACAUGCGGCAUCCUUAUUCCUGUAAAUGCCAUUUACAACGUCAAGGAAGUUACUAGCGGCAACCGUGAUAUCCUCAGUAUCCUCACCAUUAGAGAUGUCAGCGGAAAAAUCCUCUUCGUUCAUGUGGCCGUGUCAUAUCUCAUCACUUUCCUGAUUAUCGGUCUCGUAUACAUACACUGGAAGAAGAUGGUCGAACUGAGACGACAAUGGUACCGCUCACCGGAAUACGUCCAAUCGUUUUAUGCUAGAACUUUGCAAGUAACACAAGUACCGAAAAAGUACCAAUCGGACGAGGGUAUCAGGGCCAUUUUCGAGACAUACAAGGUUCCUUAUCCAACAACUAGUGUGCAUAUUGGGAGAAAGGUCGGACGGCUACCAGAACUCAUAGAAUAUCACAACACGACUGUUAGGGAGUUGGAAACUUAUCUUGUCAAGUAUUUAAAGAACGGUACUAUAGGGAAAAAGCGGCCCACAAUUCGGAUAGGUGGAUCAUGCGGUUGCGGUGGACAGCGAAAGGAUGCCAUCGACUUCUAUACGGAAAAGCUCAAACGAACGGAGGCUGCUAUUGAGGAGUACCGGAAUCAAAUAGAUACCCGUAAAGCUGAGAAUUUUGGCUUUGCGAGUAUGGCCGCGGUUCCCUAUGCUCAUAUUGUUGCCCGGCAAUUGAGGACGAAACAUCCCAAGGGUACCGAUAUAGCUCUUGCUCCUAAUCCCAAAGACAUCGUCUGGGAAAAUAUGAACAAGUCUCCCGCAGAAAUUCGUGCGAAGCGCAUGAUCGGUUUCCUAUGGCUUGCGCUCGUCUGUUUCUUCAAUACCGUACCUCUAUUUAUUAUCUCCAUUCUGGCCAAUUUGAACGCUAUCAAGAGUUUCGUGCCGUUCCUUCGCUCGUGGGCUAGUGCAUCACCAGCGACAUUCGCUCUUGUUUCCGGUGUUCUACCUCCUACAGUCUCUGGUAUCUUUGGAUUCUUUUUGCCCGUCAUAAUGAGGUGGUUAAGUCAGUUUAUGGGCGCCUUGACUCAUUCCAAACUUGAUCGGCAAGUCAUCGCCCACUAUUUUGCGUUCUUGGUCAUCAGUCAAUUGGUCAUUUUCACCUUGAUUGGUGUUAUUUUCAAUGCUGCGGAGGAGAUUGUUUCUGAAAUUGGGGAGGACAGUUUCAAAGACAUCAUCAACAAUCUCAAUACUUUACCUUCCGUCAUCAAUGCGACAUACAUCAAUCAAUCGUCCUACUGGCUGACUUUCUUCCCUCUGCGCGGGUUCCUCAUUGUUUUUGAUCUUGCCCAAAUCUUGAACCUAGUAUGGAUCUCCAUCAAGACCCGUCUCUUCGGUCGUACACCUCGUGACAUUCGUGAAUGGACACAACCCCCGGAAUUUCAGUAUGCUAUACACUAUUCUAACACGUUGUUCAUGGCCUCUGUUGGACUGGUAUUUGCUCCUCUGGCUCCUUUGGUUGCCUUGGCAGCUUGUAUCGUCUUCUGGAUGAGUUCAUGGGUGAACAAGUAUCAGUUAAUGUUCGUUUACACUACAAAGGUUGAGACAGGCGGCCGUUUGUGGAACCUCGUGAUCAACCGACUCAUGUUCCUUGUCGUCUUCAUGCAAGCGCUGUUAGUUUUGACUAUUGGUCUCCAACUUGGGUUCAGAACGUUUUACUGGGUCUCUACCAUACCUCCAAUCUUCAUUGUCGCCAUCUUCAAAAUAUAUCUGAACCGCACUUUCAAUGAUCAAUUCCAAUACUACACUCCUACGGAUGAAGAGCUCAGGGCAGCCAAGGUACAUUCGGAGCGUGCAGACCACAAAGGAAACCGUCUUGAGAGAAGAUUCGGACAUCCCGCAUUGCACACGGAACUCUUCACCCCUAUGCUUCACGCGAAGAUGAUGCCACUGUUGAGUCAAGUGUAUCGUGGUAGAAUUGGCAAAGACCAAGCCAAGCUCGAUGAGUAUGGCGGGCAGAAAAUGGAAGCUCAGGUUGUGGAAGGCGGUAUCAAGAUUGCAGCUAUCGAACAACGCGAUCUUGAAUACGAUCCUGCUUUAUACCGUCGCGACCGUGGUGAGUUGGAUUGGGAUGCUCGUUCUAUAGCAUCCACUACGUUGAUGAAUGACGCGGCGUCCAUUGCGCCUUCACAAAUGCAAGGUGGUGCAAGCCUGCCAGGCUAUGACAAAUAUCUCGCAUCGGGCCCUGGAGCGUACGAGCUGUCUCGUUUGGACUCUCAGCAGGAACCACUUCUCAGUGGCAAAAUAUAUGAAGGAAUGUAUCCCUCUCAAAAUUCUCUCUCCAUGCCACCCGCGAUGUACCGUGACGCUUCCAGUGACGGUCUGUCUCGCGAAGCACCGUUACAUCGGCCACAAGAUUAUUUCGGUGACUACCCACAGCGCAGCAACAGUCCGUACAUGGAUACGCGCAGUAAUACACCUGUAUCACAAUAUCCACCGCAACCUAAUCGUCAGUACACAGCGUCUCCCCAAGCGCAGUAUUCCCCACGGCCCUCACCACAUCAUGAUUCACCAUCACAACUGUAUCCGCCUCAGGACCAGAAUAUGGCUGGACGUGGCACAUAUAGAGGUUGA